GAGGAUUUUCUAUAUCUUUCGUGUCACAGGCUACGCCGCUAAAACAAUACAUCAUUCAGAAGCUGCUUUAGCAGACAUUUGAUCGCCGCAUGAAAGCGCCUCACAAUCCCUUCACCGAGCUCGCCUAUUCUGUUUCACCAGUUGACAGAUUUCGCUAGGUGAAGUCCGUCUUUUCCGAAAGUCUUGCGCCUUUGUCGGCCUCUUUGCUGGUGUGUUAUGCUGUAAACGAGCAAAUUGCACCAGAAGGAAACCGUUUGCGAGAUCUGUCGGUCAAACAUGGUCUCUAAGAGCAACCUCUCGUUGGCUCUGCGUUUGUUCUUAGUGGUGUUUCUUCUUCUGAACGAUGUGCACGCCCAAACAACCGCACCUGGAGGCGAAGGAGAAGGAGAAGGAGAAGGAGAAGGAGCAGAGGAAGGCGGCGGACAAGGAGGACAAGAAGCUGACCAGCCCCCACCACCACCUCAAAAGAUAGGGCCCCCUGGCGACCCUGGACCGAAAGGAGAUAAGGGAGAUCAAGGAGAUGCUGGAGAACAAGGACCACAGGGCUUGAGAGGGGAUGCGGGUCCUAAUGGAUUGGAUGGUCUUAAAGGUGUUAGGGGCCCUCAAGGCCCUCCAGGGCCUCCAGGACCUCCAGGGCCCAUCGUAACAGUUCCUCCUGAUGGCGGACCUGGCCCAGAUGAAGGUGGACCAGACCCAAUUAGUAUCGUUAGUGAGAUUCGCAGCCAAGAUUCCAAAGGACCAAUAGGAAUAAUCCAAACAGUUAAAGGAGAACGAGGAGUAGAUGGUCCCCCUGGUUUAAGAGGAUCUCCUGGUUUAAGAGGGCCAGAGGGAGAACCUGGAGCUCCUGGAGCAAUAGGUCCCCCAGGAGCAACUGGCAAACCAGGACAAGCAGGUCCACCAGGCAGCUCAGGUGAACCAGGAAUGAAUGGGGCAGAUGGUAUACCUGGACCUGCAGGUCAAGCGGGGGACAGUGGACAACAAGGAAUACAAGGACCUCCAGGUGUUCCAGGUGUCCGUGGUCUUUCUGGUGUAAAAGGAGAUCGCGGAGAACAAGGAGGUCAAGGAGCCCCAGGCGACCGGGGUGAACCUGGUGGAGGGGGAUUUAGAGGUGAAAAUGGUAGGCCUGGUGCAGAUGGAGCACCGGGUGCCCAAGGACUUCGAGGACAAACUGGGGAAGCAGGGUCAAUAGGAAAUCCAGGAUUACCUGGAGCUAUAGGCACACCAGGCCCAGAGGGACCUGCUGGUGUUCCAGGAGAGACUGGAAAUUCUGGAAGCAAUGGAGCCCCUGGUGCCAAAGGUGACCAAGGUGCUCCAGGACCGGCUGGUCCAACUGGACGACAAGGGCCGCGGGGAGAGCCUGGAAAGGAAGGUCCUAAAGGAGAUGCUGGACAAACGGGACAGCCUGGGGCUGAGGGCAGACCAGGCUACAAGGGUGAUAUGGGAGCAGCAGGAGCUAUGGGACCACUUGGUGAUAUUGGACCAGAAGGAGCACCAGGAAAUCCCGGGUCACCUGGACAACCUGGAAGAAGGGGAGACUUGGGAGCACCUGGUCGCCCUGGAAAAAGAGGAUCAGAAGGAGCCAAGGGUUCUGUAGGAACCAAGGGAAAUGCUGGAGGGAUAGGUGUUAGAGGCCCUCCAGGCAAGAGGGGUAAACAAGGAAGGUCAGGAAAAAGAGGAAAUAUUGGUGAACCAGGAGCACAGGGCAGCCAAGGAGAAGGUGGUUACCGAGGAGCAGAAGGAAGAGCAGGUGAAAGGGGUGCCCAAGGUCCUCCAGGUGCUGAUGGUUUAUCAGGAGCCAAAGGUGACCAGGGAAAUCCAGGUGAUCUUGGUGAAACAGGAAGGCCAGGGAUAAGGGGAUCGCAAGGUCCAGCUGGCAAACCAGGAAGACCUGGUAAUACUGGAGCACCGGGUCAAGCAGGAGAUGAUGGCCGACCUGGCGCAGUAGGUACUCCUGGCCCUCCAGGUGCACAGGGUAUCCCAGGAUUCAGUGGAGCCAAAGGAUCUAUGGGAAAUCCAGGACGAGAUGGUGCUCCCGGUGCUCGGGGCUCUAGAGGAGCGAAGGGUAGCAUGGGUUCAAGAGGUCAACAAGGAAAGCCGGGAAUCCCUGGAAGAGAGGGUCGUCGAGGAGAAAGAGGAGAACUGGGUCUUCAAGGACCUGCGGGAGAACAGGGCCCUGGAGGAAACGUAGGACCGACUGGUGUACCUGGUAAUACAGGAAAUCCGGGUGUACGAGGAGAGAGGGGAAAAGAUGGGAGGGCAGGAGAAGCGGGUAACCGCGGACAAGCUGGAGAACCCGGACCUAUGGGCGCACCGGGAGACAAAGGACCUGAAGGGAAGCGAGGAGCGACAGGCUCGUCGGGAUCACCGGGUUUCCCAGGACUUCCUGGUAGACCUGGUGGCUCCGGGAAAAAAGGAGAGCCUGGAUCUCCUGGUGCGGCUGGUCCUCCUGGUUCUGAUGGAAACGAUGGUGUUGGGGGUUCGGAUGGGGUUCCUGGAAGUGUUGGCCCACCUGGGUUGCCUGGACCAAAGGGACAAGAUGGUACUCCUGGAACUCCUGGACUGAGAGGAAAACGCGGCGAUCAGGGAUUACGAGGCCCCGUUGGCUCGCCAGGCACUCCUGGACGAUCUGGAAUGCCGGGACAAACUGGACCGCGGGGACAAAUCGGUUUGAAAGGAAAUGUUGGCGAGAAGGGACGCAAAGGAGACGAAGGGCCACUUGGUUCUAAAGGACCACAAGGUGGCGCGGGGGAUUCUGGUCUCGAAGGUGAAAAAGGAGGCGUGGGCAAACCGGGUGACCCGGGAAUCAGAGGUUCCUCUGGACCACCUGGUCAGCCUGGAGCUCAGGGACCCCCUGGACCAGUGGGACUUUCAGGAUCGCCUGGAAAACCAGGACUUAACGGUGUAAAGGGUGCACGUGGACCUGUCGGAAGAAGUGGGCUGCCUGGGCUUCCUGGACAAGUGGGAUUGCCUGGUCGAGAUGGAACCCCUGGAGUCAGUGGUGCAGACGGGCGUGUGGGAAAUCUUGGGCCAACCGGACCCAUGGGCCCUAAGGGUGAUACUGGGCGCGAGGGUGCUCCAGGCCCUCCCGGUCGCACUGGUCCUGAGGGGGCAGUGGGUGAAGCGGGUUCUGGAGGUGUUCCAGGAUAUAGCGGAAAUCCUGGAGAAAGCGGCAGAACGGGUUACCCUGGUCCCCAUGGAAGACCUGGCACAGACGGAGCAAAGGGUCAACCAGGUGCAAAUGGUUUCGACGGAACUCCGGGAACUCCUGGUGAGAAUGGAGAAGGGGGCAACCAGGGCGAGAGAGGGUCACCAGGCCCUAACGGAGUGGCUGGAGCUAGCGGACCGCCUGGGCCAACCGGUGAAAAAGGAGAAGGUGGCCCACAAGGGGAAACGGGUGACAGCGGUGUGAACGGUGACCCUGGCAAAAUUGGAGAACGAGGCCGUGAUGGUGUGAUGGGUGACCCAGGCGAGCAAGGAGAGCCUGGAAUUAUAGGAGAAAGGGGAGAUGGUGGAUAUACCGGAAAGUCCGGAAACAUGGGACGCAUGGGCUUUGAAGGCGAGGUUGGAGCACCGGGAAGAAACGGGUCAGAAGGCCCCGCUGGUCCUCAGGGCCCAUUGGGAGCGCAAGGAACGCCUGGUCAAGAUGGAUUUGCUGGAGAGGAGGGCGUAACAGGACCUCGAGGCGAUCCCGGGAAACGGGGUGUGCGUGGAUCAACAGGCAGAGAUGGAAUAGAGGGAGACCCAGGUGCUGCCGGUCCGCCAGGACCUAUGGGUCCUCCUGGAUCUUAUCUCAUCGGUGAAAUUAUAAAUGGAGCAAACAAGGGACCCCCACCAAACUUUCGACUGUACUCGAGCUCAGAGAGUACUUCACCUCGAGAAGAAACUCGUUUGCUUGAGCACCCUGAGAUGAAAAAGGUCCUGGAUGGUCUUACAAAACAUACUGAUCUGUAUAGAAGGCAAAAAGGCAGCAAGUAUCACCCGGCACGCUCGUGUCGAGAUUUGCAGCUUGAUCUGGAUAGUAACGAUACUGUACACAGCGGCUUUUACUGGAUCGAUCCUAAUGAAGGUUGCAUCAGUGAUGCUGAAUACGUUUAUUGCGACUUUGAAAACAGCAGAGUUUGUGUACAUCCGAAAAAAGAAAACAUUACCAUAGAUGAUCCGAAGGCCAAGCAAUGGAUCAGCGAAGUUCACCCGGAUGUGGAGCUUAUUUCAUACAACAUGGAACCUGUACAGAUGAGGUUCCUGCGUCUUUUGAGCAUGCGCAUCACUCAGAACGUAACUUAUCACUGCUACAACUCCCGUGCAUGGGAAGAUGAUAAUGACCGCACCAUUAAACUCCAAGGAGAAAACGAAAUGGAAUUAACAUCAUCUGAGAAAACAAAGCCCAAAGUUGUCACAAACAGCUGUGAUAAUAAAGAUAGUUCUUGGCAUCAAACUGUCCUCGAGAUAGACACGACACAAAAGAACGCCUUGCCUGUUGUGGACGUAGCAGCUUACGAUGUGGGAGACAAGCUCGUGGAACAGAAAUUCACUAUCCAACUUGGACCAGUGUGUUUUGUGUAUUAGCUGCGAGGUUCGAGAUACGAAAUAACCUUUUAAGCAAACAGAUCUAAUGUAAAUUUGACGAGUGGACACGUUUUUAUGUCGUAUUUGAAGUGUGCUUAGAUAUUGAGGUCAUUUAUCUGAGCCUGAGGUUCUCUAUUAUAGUCUUCGCAAAGAUGUGGUAUUCGAGUAUACAUCUUGAGCAAUAAACUGGACAAAAUUUCAUUGUUAGUGAAACUGGAUUAUCCAGCGUUCUUUUUCUAAGCAGCGGAUGGAAGUUCUUAUCCUGUAUAGAAGAUUUCCGCAAACUAAAGAACCUUUCUGUAGAAGGACAAUAAACAGAUUUAGCCUAUAAGGUCGCUCAAAUAUCAAAAUGAAAAAGUUGUUAUUUAAAUGUAAUUUUCUGUAUAAAUCAUUUUAGUAACAUGACUUAAUGCUGGUAGUGAUAACUUGUGCUUUUCUCAAAAGAUAUUUGUAGUACACUGUUCCUAAAUCAAAGAUACCCCAAAGCAAUGCAACGCGCCUGCUUAGGAGGUAUCGAAUGGUCAUUUUGAAUGACAGAACAUGGAAAAAAUUACCACCAGGAAUAGUAGGAUGUUCUCUGUCGUGUGGUAACAUGUGUGACAGAUGCAGAAUAAUGAUCGUAAAUAAAUCAUUGCCUUAUU